AUCGCACAAAACAACCACCACCGCUCCUCCAAUCCCACAUUCGCUCGCAGCUCGAACCAAGGAGAGACCGUCAGCCAUGUCCGGGCGCGGCAAGGGAGGCAAGGGGCUCGGCAAGGGCGGCGCCAAGCGCCACCGGAAGGUGCUGCGCGACAACAUCCAGGGCAUCACCAAGCCGGCGAUCCGGAGGCUCGCUCGGAGGGGCGGCGUCAAGCGCAUCUCCGGCCUCAUCUACGAGGAGACCCGCGGCGUGCUGAAGAUCUUCCUCGAGAACGUCAUCCGCGACGCCGUCACCUACACCGAGCAUGCCCGCCGCAAGACCGUCACCGCCAUGGACGUCGUCUACGCCCUCAAGCGCCAGGGCCGCACCCUCUACGGCUUCGGCGGCAAGCAGCGAGGCAAAUGCCGGGCAAUGUGUGAGGGCGACGAUAACACGCAGUUCUUCCACGCCAGUGCCUUGCGCCGUUUGGGUCCUGGACGUUGGCGCCUUGGCAGGGUGCAGGUUGUCACGGGAGCUCCUAAUUGGCGCUUCAGAUCACAGCAAUAUUUGAACAAAAUAAAGGAGGAAACACAGAACGCUGGCGCCUCAAUUCGAGAAUCGGCCUGCCACCCAAGCAAUCGGCUCCUCUCGCCACGUCAGCGAUCCGCGGCAUCUCUCUCGCGGAUCCCCAUCAUGACCGUCCACUGCAUCCGCAUCGAACGGCAGGCACGCGCCUCCUCCGACCUCUCGUCCCCGUUAAAAUCCCCUUCGCCCCUUCUUCCAAUCCCCGCACCAAUCACCACCACUCCUCCAAUCCGACAAUUUCUCGCAGCUCGAACCAAGGCGAGUUCGUCGGCGACCAUGUCCGGGCGCGGCAAGGGAGGCAAGGGGCUCGGCAAGGGCGGCGCCAAGCGCCACAGGAAGGUGCUCCGCGACAACAUCCAGGGCAUCACCAAGCCGGCGAUCCGGCGCCUCGCUCGGAGGGGCGGCGUGAAGCGCAUCUCGGGGCUCAUCUACGAGGAGACCCGCGGCGUCCUCAAGAUCUUCCUCGAGAACGUCAUCCGCGACGCCGUCACCUACACCGAGCACGCACGCCGCAAGACCGUCACCGCCAUGGACGUCGUCUACGCGCUCAAGCGCCAGGGCCGCACCCUCUACGGCUUCGGCGGAUAGGCCCCUCGUGGUCGUCAAUCUUCGUUGCCCCCCUGCAGAUUCCUAAAGCUCGAUGAGAACCUGACUUGUUUAGUUCGCUAUUUCCCCUGUAGUUCCAAGUGAAUCAUGAAACAAAGCUAUUCGCAUCUGGAGUUUGGAAAUUGUACUUGUCUUUGUGCAAAUAAACUGUUUGUGAUUU